UAGUAGAUGUUGUCGUGGCCGGUUGCUAUCUUAUCCUGCUCAUCGAAUUGUUGCUAUUAUGUGUUGAUAUUGUUUUUAAAAUAUUCAACUAUUUUUGUGGAAACGACAUCACUUGUGCUGUACCUGCUUUCUCUAUUGAUACACUAAAUCGAUCAACGUGCCUGCUAAAAAUAAUAUAAGAACAGUCAUCGAAUUCACCAUGGAUUGCGGAAAGUGCCUACAACUGGUUGAAACGAACGCCCAGCCAUUUGUGUAUUGCAAUGGAAUGUGUGGUAGAGUGUUCCAUGCUACUUGUGUUGGAGUUGAAAUAGACGAUCUGCCUGCUGUGUCACCACCAAAGCGAAACAGUUUUUGGCUAUGUGAUGAGUGCUUCGAUGAGUUUCUGCAAUGGAGGGAGACGCACAAAAAAUCACCACCUCAAAUUCAAACCUCUCGUGCGCCUGAAUGUGAUCUGCACCGUGACGUCGAAGUACUGAAAGCCAAAGUCGAAGCGAUAAUGACCACCCUUUCUGCGAAUAUCGCAAGUCCACCAGAUAAUGCGAUACGACACUCUACUCCGGUUUCAUCGCUGCAGAUAGAUUGCGGAUCAAGAGAAAUUAGCUCUCAAUGUGAAACGUCGUCGUCACCUAAUCAAACGGAACGGUUUACCAAUGCAUUGAAUGGAGAUGACCGAGAUGACAGCUUUGCUUUGAUGCUGACAAAUAUUGACUGUAACGUUACUGAGGAGGAUGUGCAACAGAUGGUUUCUCGAUGUUUGGGAGCCCGCUAUGCUGAAUGCAAUAACGUUAGGAAGCUUGUUCCUAGAUGGAUCGACUGCAGUAACUUGGAUUACAUUUCCUUCAAAGUUGUAUUGAGCCGUAAAUGGAAACCUGCCGCCAUGACUUCUUCCACCUGGCCAAAAAACGUCAAAUUUCGUGAAUUUAAAAGAAGGCAAACGACAUGGAAACCAAGUGAUUUGUAGAACUUUUAUGCAUAGAAUACUGAGUUUGUGUUGACUUUUUGUUGUUUUAUUUAUAUGGUAUUUGAAAUUGUAUGUGGCUUCAAAAGAUAGUGUUUAUUUGUGAUAAAUUGUAGUAAACGGUGUUUGAAAUGUUGUAUGUUAUGUUGGAUUUGUUAGAUAUGUUAGAUGUUAGAUAUGUUGUUGUAUCAAGUGUUUGAAAUGUUGUAAAUUGAAACUUUUGUUUAGAAUAAGUAUAUUCAAUUAGACAUAAUAAGUCCGUUGAAUUAAAUAAAGAAU